AUGGAUGACCAUGAACAUUCUAUGCAAUCGUCUUAUAGUGUGACUGAUAUGGAAAAAGAAAUGGAAGAUCUGAAGAGGUUUUCCUAUAGCACCAAGUUUUCUGAGGACAUCAACAGUCAAAUGCAGAUACCAGAUAAAAUUAGCAUGACUGGAGAUGAAGGUGGUGAUGUUGACUUCUUUACGCACACGAGUACGUCAGCAUCGGGUAUGCAAGUACCGGAUAGGAUAAUGAUUGGAGGUCAAACACCUGUUGGCCUGACAACUCCACCAAGAGUCAUAACAUUGGAAGAUCAUCCAUUUCCUACAGUGAAUGGUGAAGUUGAUGAUGUAAUAUCAGAGGAACAAGAAAUAAAAAGAAAACCACUCAGGGUUUCAGUUAAUAAUGAUCAUAAGAGACCAUCAAGCCAAUUAGCUGACAAUUACAUCGCUGAUGAUCAACAGUAUCUGUCCAUGGACGCCGAAGACGACGAGAUAAUUGAAGAACCUGUUGGGGAAGAUUUACAGACCCUGCGAUACCAGGUGGCAAAGCUUUCAAGACGAUGCAACCCAGGCUGGGCGAGUUAUCUGCUAUGUGAACACGUGUUCAAUGGACAACAGAAAAUAAUGGUGCUUGGAGGGGGAUGCUCAGUUGCUACUGCUCAGAUUGCCGCAUUCUCACAUCUCUUCAAUUUAAUACAGGUUUCAUACUCCGCGGCAUCACCCCAACUUUCCAAUAAAUCAGAAUACCCACUGUUCCUCCGAACGCAGCAAUCCGAUUUGGCACAAAACAUUGGGCGUAUAGCCAUACUGAAACACUUUGGAUGGAAACGAGUGGCGACGCUGUACCAAAACGAGAAGUUUUUUGUCAUGGUUAUUGAUGACAUGAUUGUAAAAAUGAGAGAAAAUGAUAUUAAUUUGUUAGCAUCAUUGUCAUUUAAUUAUCAUCCAAGCGCAGAUCUGGACAUUCUUAAGGUCAAUGGCGACCUCAUUGCCAAGUUGGCUGACAAUGAUGUGCAACUGGUAACAUCACAAUCAAUAGUACUAGCACCUGUUGCCGCACUUCGCAAGAUUAAGGAAGAAGAUGCACGGAUUAUUGUGGUCCAUUCCUAUGAGGAUCAUGCUAGGGCAUUAUUCUGCGAAGCAUAUAGACAAGGCAUGUAUGGCGCCACCUACGCCUGGUUGAUACCUGGCUGGUACUCGGACGAUUGGUGGAAAACCGAAGAUUCGCAUAUCAACUGUACGUUGGAUGAAAUGAAGAAAGUAUUAGAGAGUGUCAUAGAAACUGUACAGGACUCCAAGGGCCCAGACAAUGUUACUAAUAUUAAUGGAGAGACAUAUGCUGAGUACGAAGAGCGGUAUUUAAAUAUUCUGUCCUCACGACCAGAGUACAAAUGGGUAAUACCUCACAUGUGGCAUGGCUUGGGAUAUGACGCAGUGUGGUCCAUGGCGUUAGCACUAAAUGCAAGCAUCGAUGAGGUGGCUUUGGGGGGGCGUGUUUGGUUUAACGAGCACGGCGAUCGAAUUGGACGCAUGGCAAUCUAUCAAAUCCUGGGUGACGCACCACCAGUAGACGAACAAAGAUGGACGUACGAGGUGAUCAGCAUCAAUGAAACGCUCUCUAUCACUGUAUCUAUUCUAGCCUGCCUGGGUAUCGUCAUGGCAGCCGUGUUUCUUGGAAUUAACAUAAUUUAUCGCGAUCACGGAUUUAUCAAAUUAUCGUCACCACGAAUGAACAAUAUUAUAUUAUCAGGCGCCAUACUUGUAUAUCUGUCAAUCAUGCCGCUAGGAAUGACACAGUCACCGUUUGAAUUAUCAGAGUAUAUGAGGACUAUAUCAUGCAUAGUUGGUAAAUGGCUGCUAUCAGUGGGAUUCACGCUUUCAUUUGGUUCCAUGUUUGCAAAGACCUGGCGUGUUCACAGGAUAUUCACAAAUAUGAAACCCAAUACAACGAUCGCACAAGAUAAUACGAAAACACUUUACCAGACGAAUUCGUGCAGCUCCCAGUACGUGUGGUACUGGUUAGGCGCCCUCUAUGGAUUGAAGGGAUUAUUACUUUUGUUUGGGUGUUUCCUAGCUCAUGAAACACGUAAUAUACAAGUGGAAGGACUCAAUGACUCAAGACAGAUCGGCGUGUCAGUUUACAAUAUAAUGGUUUCCUGUCUUGUUGGAGUCACUCUGACAUUAGCAUUGGAGAAUAAUCCGACUCUCAGUUUCGCCUUUACAAGUUUUCCGAUAUUUUUGUGUACCUCUAUAACUAUCGUCAUGAUGUUCAUCCCAAAAAUACGGGUGAUAGUAAAGGACCCCAAAGGAGGCGAUUACUUACGAAAACGCACCAGGGAAGGACUGACUGUGUCGUCAACGAUGAGUGACCUUAAUCAACAAUGUGCGAUCGCUAAAUCUGAGUCUAAAACUACACUUCAUACAAACAUGGAAUAA